UCCCACUAAUUUAUAUUUGUUUUUUGUUUGUGGGGGAAACGUACUGAUUUUUUGUUAUAAAUGAUGAAUUCUAAUGGGACUGAAUCGCCUCCAUCUAUCAUGGAAGAGACUAAGAAGCCGGUAGCAGAUAAACGAGACCUCUUGGUUUUGUUGAAGCUGAUAAAAAAGUACAAUCUUAAGCAGACAGAAGAGCUACUGUGCCAGGAAGCAAACAUUAAACAUGAUGAGCUGGAAGAGGUGGAUGACAAGGAGAUUACAUCUAUAUUGGGUUCGGCUUUGGGUGAUACUGCUGAAACAACGAGCGGUGACACCAAGGACGGUCCUGGCAGCGACCCUGAAUUGUAUGAUGCUGCUUUUGGGGAUCUGCGUAAUUUCGUAGACGAAUCAUUAGACAUAUACAAACACGAAUUAUUCAUGGUGCUGUAUCCAAUACUGGUACAGAUCUACUUUAAAUUGGUAUCUGGUGGUUAUGCAAAAUCGGCUCGAGCGUUUGUCGAGAAAUACGGAUCUGAAUUGGACUAUUAUUAUAGAGAAGAUUUGCAAAAUUUGCUGCUUAUAACGAAGAAAAGUGAGAUGGAAAACAAUGAUUGGGUUACUUCAAUGGAAACUGAUAAAUUUCUUAUCAGAAUGUCGAGGGAUGCGCAUUCACUAUUUAAAAGGCACAUUCAGGAUAGAAAGCAAGAGCUCAUAGCAGACAUCGUUUUGAAAUACUUAAAUUUUGAUACAUAUGAAGGAACUGCUCGCAGCAAAGUGCAAUGCGAUGCCACUAGUGGAUCUCUUAUUGGCGAAGCUCGAAGGCAAGAUAAUAAAAUUCGGGUAUAUUACGGCCUGCUGAAGGAGGUAGACUUUCAAUCGCUUACUACUCCAGCGCCUGCUGCCGUCGAAGAAGAAGAUGACAAUGAUCCCGAUGCUCCGGACAAGCCCAAAAAGAAAAAGCCAAAAAAGGACCCACUGUUUUCCAAAAAGUCCAAGUCGGAUCCCAACGCACCUUCCAUGGAUCGAAUUCCUCUACCCGAGCUUAAGGAUGCGGAUAAGUUGGAAAAACUUAAGGCUCUUAGGGAAGCAUCUAAAAGGGUUUCGCUAAAUAAGGAUUCUCUGCCAUCUGUUUGCUUAUAUACCAUUCUAAAUUCCCAUAAUAAUGUUACAUGCGCGGAGAUAUCAGAGGACUCCUACAUGAUGGCUGUUGGUUUCACAGACUCGAGUAUUAAGGUGUGGUCUCUAACACCCUCUAAGUUAAGAGAAAUGAAGUCGGCGGAACACUUGAAAGACAUCGAUAAAGACGCCGAAGAUGUUUUAGUGCGGAUGAUGGAUGAUCGAACUGGAGAGUCAGCCAGAACAUUCUACGGACACAGCGGCCCGGUGUAUAGAUGUGCAUUCGCUCCAGAAAAAAACAUGUUAUUGUCCUGCUCUGAAGAUACCACCAUACGAUUGUGGUCCCUACAUACUUGGACUUGUAUUGUUGUUUUCAAAGGCCAUCUAUUUCCCGUAUGGGACGUUAGAUUCUCUCCCCACGGCUAUUACUUUGCGUCAUGCUCCUAUGACAAAACAGCACGCCUUUGGGCCACUGAUUCGAAUCAACCGCUUAGAAUUUUUACUGGUCAUCUCUCUGAUGUUGAUUGCGUACAAUUCCAUCCGAAUUCAAAUUAUAUCGCGAGUGGUUCCAGCGACCGCACCGUCCGGUUGUGGGAUGUUUUAACCGGUCAACUGGUUCGUCUAAUGACCGGACACAAGGGAUCCAUUUAUGCGCUAGCAUUUUCGACGUGCGGCCGAUAUUUGGCCUCCGGCUCUUCAGACCACAAUGUCCUAGUUUGGGACUUAUCCCACGGUCAACUCGUCACAACACUAAUUAAGCACACUGGUUCUAUACAUACCAUGUGUUUUAGCCGAGAUGGUACAAUACUUGCAGUAGGCGGCUUAGAUUGUUACCUUACUCUGUGGGAUUUUUCUAAGCUAAGUGAAGACUAUAUAAGCCAAAAUUCAAAUACUUCGCACAAUCCUGAAAUUGAUGAAGGGGAUCAUUACCUACUGAGAGCUUUUCCCACUAAGUCAACACCAUUUACAACGCUCCAUUUUACGAGGCGAAACCUGUUACUUGCCGUUGGUACAUUCAAAUCAUAAAUGAAAUAUCAUGAGAUAAGAUAAAUAUGUAUUUGUAUUCCGUCAAUGGGCCAGCUUACACCACAAGUAACAAUGUCCGCCAUAGCACGAAGGUCGUGGCUAUUCUUUUGGCGGUGGUUAUUCUCUGACUAAUAAGGGAGGUCCCUUAACACGGAGCUAAAUUGAUUGAUUGUUUUGCUGCUGUGUGCUGUCAGUUGUGUUAUUCAAAUUUAUUUAAGUUACUUUUCUCUAAAUGAAGCCAAUCUUGAUGGCCAUAAAAAUUGUGACUUCAUUUUUGAAUUGAUACCAAAAAAAAACAGAUCAACAGAUUCGUAAAGAGCAGCUCCAUUUUCCAUGUCUUUGAAUUUUAGCUCCCGGGAUUUUAAACUUUCCUUAUUAUCUCAUAUUCAUUAAAGUUUAUAAAAAUGC